AUGAAAAGUAUUGGAAUAACAACAAAAAUAUUCCAAAUAAAAAACAAAAAUAAUUUAAAGAAAAUUAGGAAAAGAAAAAAAUAUUUUAAUAAUAAUAUUUUAAAUAAAACAACAAAAAAUUAUUUAAUUUUUAUUUUUUUCACAAUUAUUUUAAUUGAAAAGAUAAAUGAAGUAGAAUUAUUUACAGCAUGUCAAGGUUGUUCUCCUCCUUGUAUAUGCCCUGGACAAAAGGGGGAACAGGGCCUUCCUGGUUUCCCAGGCAAACAAGGCUUUCAUGGAGCACAUGGCAUUGAUGGACCAGAAGGACCUAAUGGAGUGGAGGGAAUGCAAGGAUCUGAAGGAGAUUUUGGCGACGUUGGCCCUAAAGGCUUACGUGGUGAUAGAGGACUGCCUGGGGCGCAUGGUCGUGAAGGAAUGCCUGGAUUAGACGGAUUACCUGGUCUGCCUGGAGAAAUGGGGCCACCUGGCUGUAAUGGAACAGAUGAAUGACAGGAGUUGCAGGAUAUCGAGGCCCUCCUGGUGAACCCGGUCGUUAUGGAUAUCCAGGGCCUCCUGGAGAAGGAGGAAUAAAUUCUGAAGGAGUAAAAGGAGCACGUGGAGAACCUGGAAUACCUGGAACACCCGGUAAGCGAUAUAAUAAGAUUUAUUU